AUGGACCAUAAUUCUGGUGCUCUAACUACUAAUGAGAAAGCUAUAAUCAUAUCUGUUUACUUCUACCUUCAAAAAAAUAUAGAUAAACAAGUUAUUAAACUGUCAUAUCAUCAAGACUUUUGUCUUUACAAAGAGGUCGCUUUAGCUACAGGGGUUAAUGAGAGAACUAUUGCCCGAGUUCUUGCUAAAUUUAACAAAACCAGAGAGUUUGCAUUACCAAAACAAGACCAACAGCCCCCUCAGAAUUUUAAUUCAGAAUAUGUAAAUGCUAUUCGUGAUAUUAUUUUUUCUGCAAACCAAAAUUGCCUUUAA